UCCUGGAGGAGGUCUCCCCGCUGGAGCAACUCCGCCCGCGGAGGCGAGGCGGGGCCUUCUCUUUUCGCCCCUCUUUCGUUUUCUCGCAGAACUUUUCACCUUCGCGGCGGCUCCUCCGAGCCGUUCCUGGCCGGCCAUGGAGAACGGCGGGCGGGUGUACGAAGAAACGACGAGCCCCGCCGAGUCGUCGCCCCAGAAGGGACUCCGCAACUGCGGCUGCACCGCCGCCCACCUGGAGCGGCCCCGCCUCGUCCUCAAGGCUUUGCAGCUGGUUCUGUCUUUCCUGGCCUUCGUAUUGGAAGAAGUCAUCGAAGUUUGCACCAACUGUAGUGGGCUUUACUUCUUCGAGUUCGUCAGUUGCAGUGCCUUCCUCUUGUGUAUCCCAAUCCUUGCCAUGUAUUGUACACCACUCUAUGAGAAAGUAGAGAAGCGACAAGUCAAGAAUCUGGAUUUCGGCAUCGUUUCAUUAGUGGGGCUCUUUUUCUGGAUAGCUUCAAUUGUGUUUUCUUCAACCUAUGACAAGACGCCAAUUGAAAUUGCUGCUGUUACAUUUGGAUACUUCGCCAGCAUAGCGUUUACUGUGGAUUUUGUCAUGAUUCUCUACAAGAGGUGUCAUGCCAGAAAAGAGACACCUCCAGAAAACACAGCCAGGCUACCGAAUCUAGCAGAGAACCAGCCACUGAAUAACCCUCCAGCUUAAGCUCUAACGUGCCGUUUUAUUGCCCUGAAUCCUAAGUGAAGCUUCCUCAAUGGAAGACUUUAAUGCAACACUGAAUGCUCAUAAUUGCACCCAUUCAACUUUAUACUUCUACUCCAUUAAUAAACAUAAUGUGGUGUGCUAGGGGAUUGCCGGGGCGGGGGGGGGGGGGGGGGGGGGGGGGGGAGAUGGGAUUACAAAGGAGCCAGGCUUUGUUUCUACUAAAAAUGUAGAGAAUAGGUUCACAGGUGGAAAAAAGGUAAAUGAUGAAAAAAAUUAAGGGGAAAAAAACUUCCAGUGAUCAGGAGGGGAUGAAAUAGUGGCUGAAAUGGGGGUUCAUUGAAGGACAUCUUUCUAGGCAAACAGGGAAAAAUUAAAUUUGCACACUUUCAUUCGGGAAAAACUAGGAAAUAGAAUGUCAAAAACAGGAAUGAAUUAUGUAUGCUACAACACAAACAAUCGUAGCAAAUCCCCUCCAAUCUAGUCUCUUUCCCUCUUAUACCAUCAGCCAUUUCACCUUAUCACAAACAGGAACCAACCCUCUGUAUUUUUAUUGGCAUUAAUCUUGAGCAAUAAGGAUUCUGUAAGUAUUUGUGUAGAUGGAAAUGGCUUAUGAAAUCAGUGGUUUAUGAAUUACACUUUUCUAAAAUAACAUUAUGUGCAGAUUACCAUUGUGUGUGCACUUUUUUUUUUUAAAAAAGUCAGAUUUAAAUAAAAUUAAGUAAUUUUCUUUUUUCAAAUAUCUGUAUAAACUAGGAAUCUGUGUUGAUGUGUUCAACAUUCUGGAAAAGCUGUAAAAUUUUAGGAAGUGAAAAAAAUAAAGGGACUGCAGAGAAAA